CUAUCGAUAUAUCGUUACUACACGUGCGUUGCAAACAACAUUUAAUGUGGUCGUAAAAUGGAGCUUAAAAAAAUGAAACCCUUGCUGGAUACGGAGCCAGCAUCAACAGAGAAUGUGGAGGAAAACAAGCCGCAUAAGCGACGCAAUCCGUUCAACACACAGCGCCUGAAGGAGGAAAAGGAACGACGACAGAAAAAGCGAGCACGUCUCAUAGUGCGCAACAUUAGCUACAAAUCAACGGACGAUGCACUACGUCAGCAUUUUGGGCAAUGGGGCACGUUGGAGGAUGUGCACAUCCUGAAGCGAGGCGAUGGCAAGCUCGUGGGCUGCGCCUUUGUGCAAUACGAGACCAUUAACCAGGCCACAAAGGCCAUAAUGCAAGCCAACGGCAAGGAGCUGCUGGGCAGGAAGGUGUUUGUGGAUUGGGCCUUAGGCAAGGAUGAGUAUGCGGCAAAGAAUCCAAAGAAUGAUGAGCCAGCGGACAAAAAGCCAAAACUGGUGGUGAAGGAGGAAACUGACGAGGAUCAAAAUGCAGCUGAAAUUGAAGGAGAAGAAGAUGAUGAAGAGGAGAAUGGCAAAGAAUCAGAAGCGGAAAGUGAUGCAGAAUAUGAUAAUGGAGAAGAUGAAGAAGGUGAUGAUGAUGGUGAAGAUGAAGAUGAGGAGGAUGAGGAUAAGAAAGAUGUUAAAUCGAAACUGGACCUGGAGAAUGUGAAGCGUGAGAAGCACAUUUCCAACGAUGUGCAACAAGGCUGCACGGUCUUCAUCAAGAACGUGCCCUUUGAUGCGGAGGAUGAGGAUCUGCGCAAAGUCUGUCGCAAGUUUGGUCUGCUGCACUAUGCGAUCAUAAACCGAGAAUCGGUUUCGGGGCACUCCAAGGGCACCGCCUUCGUCAAGUUCAAGGCCAAGGAGUCGGCAGAUCUGUGUCUGCAGGCUGGCACCGAGUUCAAAUUGAUGGACGAGGUGUUGGAUCCACAUCCCGCACUCAGUCGCGAUGAGAUCAAAACCAGGCACACGGAAAAGUCCAAAGAUGAUGGCGGCAAGGAUUCACGUAAUUUGUAUCUGGCCAGAGAGGGUCUCAUUAUGGCCAAUUCCAAGGCAGCCGAUGGUGUCUCCGCCUCCGACAUGACCAAGCGACACGAACUAGAGCAGGUGAAGACACAAGUGCUGAAGAACUUGAAUCGCUUCGUUUCUCGCAAUCGUCUGUCCAUCCACAAUCUGCCACUGAACUAUGACAAUGAGAAGCUCAAGCAGAUGGCGCUCACCUACACGGGAUUCCGUCCGCACGAAUGUCGCGUCAUGCGGGAGCAAAAGGUAACUCCGGAGCAUCCAAAUGGUAAAUCCAAAGGCUUCGGUUUCCUCUCCUUCGAUACACAUCAACGGGCUCUGACGGCACUGCGGAAACUGAACAAUAAUCCGAGUAUAUUUGGCACCCAGCACCGACCCAUUGUUGCCUUCAGUAUUGAGGAUAGAGCUGUGCACAAAAUCAAGGAGAAGCGUGACGAACGCUCCAAGAUCAACAAUCCCACCUACAAAUCCAAACUGGAGCAGCGCAAACAGCGACGAGAUCAGAAGCGUAAGGGACAAAAGCCCACACCGACGACCAUAGCUCCCCAGGAUGACAACAAGGUGAAGCUGCAGAAGCACAUUAAAAAGCUGGAGACAGCACGAGCGGCGAAAGCAGCAGGCAAACAAAAUGAGGAGAAGAAACGCAGCGAUGUCGAGGGCGACUAUGUGGGAACGGCAGCCAAACCAGGUACAUCUCUUCGCAUGCGAUCCAGAAAGAAGAUCAUGGAGCAGUCAAAGGAGCACAUGAAACGAGUCAAGACAGAGAAGCGCAAGCAAAAGAAUAAAAAGAUACGGGAAACACAUUUGGCUGAGCGCAAGGCCAACAAUCGACCUAAACAGGGACGCAAGAAGGAGAAGGAUGACCUGAGGCCACUGAUUAAUAAAUACAAGAACAUGAUCAGCGGCAAUGAAGGCGGAGGUGGAGUCACAGGCGGCAAAGUGAAGAAGCCCAAGCGGACCAAGUGGUACGCGGACUGAGUCGAAGUUUUCCUCUAUAAUGUACAAUAUAUAAGAAAUUAAAGAAUUCAAAACUGUA